GGGCGGUGCUUGUGGCGGGAGGACUAAAGAUGGCGGUGCGGAGGUCUCCGCCUUCUGCUCCCUGCUGAAGCGCUCUGAGAGAGGCGGCAGCGGCAACCCAAGCCGCCCUAGUAGUCUAGUGGUGGUAGUUUCAGCAGCAACUAACUGCAGGGGACCAGAACCAUGGCGGAGCUGGAGCACCUGGGCGGGAAGCGGGCAGAGUCGGCGCGAAUGCGGCGGGCUGAGCAGCUGCGGCGCUGGCGAGGCUCACUGACAGAGCAGGAGCCGGCGGAGCGACGAGGCGCCGGGCGACAGACGCAGACGAGGCGUGGGAGCCCCAGGGUCCGCUUCGAGGAUGGCGCUGUCUUUCUGGCCGCCUGUUCCAGCGGGGACACGGAGGAGGUGAAAAAGCUUCUAGCCAGAGGGGCGGACAUCAACACGGUCAACGUGGACGGCUUGACAGCCCUGCACCAGGCCUGUAUUGAUGAAAAUUUGGACAUGGUAAAGUUUUUGGUGGAAAACAGAGCCAAUGUAAACCAGCAGGACAACGAGGGCUGGACACCUCUUCAUGCAGCAGCUUCCUGUGGCUAUCUCAACAUAGCAGAGUACUUCAUUAACCAUGGAGCAAAUGUGGGUAUGGUGAACAGUGAAGGUGAGGUCCCCUCUGACCUUGCAGAAGAGCCAGCUAUGAAGGAUCUUCUUCUGGAGCAAGUGAAGAAGCAAGGAGUUGAUCUAGAGCAGUCAAGAAAGGAAGAAGAGCAGCAGAUGUUACAGGAUGCCCGCCAGUGGCUCAACAGUGGGAAAAUAGAAGAUGUGAGGCAGGCUCGCUCAGGGGCCACAGCCCUCCAUGUGGCUGCUGCCAAGGGCUACUCUGAAGUCCUCAGACUUUUAAUUCAGGCUGGCUAUGAACUCAAUGUUCAGGAUCAUGAUGGCUGGACACCCCUCCAUGCUGCUGCACACUGGGGAGUGAAGGAGGCUUGCUCCAUCCUGGCAGAAGCACUCUGUGACAUGGAUAUCUGCAACAAACUGGGCCAGACACCAUUUGAUGUGGCUGAUGAGGGUCUCGUGGAACACUUGGAGAUGCUUCAGAAGAAGCAGAAUGUGCUUCGAAAUGAAAAGGAAACACGGAAUAAACUUAUCGAAUCAGACCUGAACAACAAGUUGCAGAGUGGACUCUUUAAGAACAAAGAGAAGAUGCUCUAUGAGGAAGAGACACUCAAAUCCCAAGAAAUGGAGGAAGAAAACAAAGAAUCCAGUAGCUCAAGUUCAGAGGAAGAGGAAGGUGAAGAUGAAGCUUCUGAGUCAGAGACAGAGAAGGAGCCAGUCAUGGAAGCAUGUGAAGAUAAAAAACCUGAAGCCACUGUCAAUCAUUCCAGUUCUGAAAGCAAGAGUAGAUUCACAGAGCAGAUACCAGCACCAGCUCAGAAUACCUUCUCUGCCUCUUCUGCUAGGCGAUUCUCCUCCAGCCUUUUUAACAAGCCAGAAGAGGCCAAAGAUGAAUCUCCUUCUUCAUGGAGAUUGGGACUCAGAAAAACUGGCAGCCACAACAUGCUGAGUGAAGUGGCCAAUUCCAGGGAUGCUUUAAGGGACCGAAGCUCCUCCAUCUACCGUUCCUCUUCAAGCCCUCGGAUCUCUGCUCUUCUGGACAACAAAGAUAAGGAAAGAGAAAAUAAAAGCUAUUUUAGUUCUCUAGCACCCCGAAGGCUCAGUAGCACAAGUGACAUCGAAGAAAAGGAGAACAGAGAGUCAGCUGUGAAUCUGGUGAGGAGUGGCUCCUACACUCGGCAGCUGUGGAGGGAUGAAACAAAGGGGAGUGAAACCCCGCAGACAGUUGCUCCUUCCACCUAUGUGUCAACCUACUUGAAAAGUGCUUCAUUUGGUAGAAGUAGUGACCCCACAAGUCCCUACAUUUCAGCCAAUCGCAAUUCAUCUCCUGCUACCUCACCCAUUACCAUUGGUUCAUCUACCUCUCUGGGCAGCCAGUGGCAACAUGCCUCUUCUUGCUCUGCACCAAUCAGUGUAAACACUACUGCAUCAGUACAACUUGGCAGGACUCCUUACAAAUCACAAGGUGACUCAACAGCAGAGAAAACAGCAGACAGUGUCUCUGCUAGUACUCCGCUCAGCGUGAUCACCAAUCGCCCUCCACCUGGCACUGCCAAUGGGGUCACAGCUGUCACAGUACCCUCAUCUACUGCAGCAGAUUCCUCUGUGGAAGCCAGGGAGAAGAGGAGGUCCUAUCUGACUCCUGUACGGGAUGAGGAAGCUGAGUCUUUACGGAAAGCACGCUCCAGACAGGCUCGGCAGACUCGGAGGUCCACUCAGGGUGUUACCCUAACAGACCUUCAGGAAGCUGAAAGGACUUUUAGCUGUUCAAGGACAGAGCGCCAAGCUCAAGAGCAGCCUAGUGAGAAGCCUGCUGAUAUUGCAGGGCUGGAAGGGAGCACCAAGAAGCAAGACCCCUCAACAGUACUGGCAAAGGAAGCUGGGGAGAGCCAGCAACCUUGGAGCAAGAGUCUGGAUGAAGAGCCUGUCUAUCGUCGACUGAGGUGUCCAACUCAGCCAGAUAAACCCACAACCCCGGUGUCUCCUUCUGUGUCAAGACCCUCACUUUACACCAGUUCUCAUCUGCUACGGACGAGUAAAUCUUCGGUCCCUGAUUCUGAGAUUUCGGAGACUGCCACAAACACUGUAACUGCAAAGGAAAUGGACAAGAAUGAGAGUGAAGAAGCAGAUUUGGAUGAUCAGUCCUCUAAUCGGCUGUCCAUCCGAGAGAGGAGGCGGCCCAGGGAACGUCGGAGAGGCACGGGCAUCAACUUCUGGACAAAGGAUGAGGAUGAAGCUGGUGAUUCUGAAGAGGUCAAAGAAACAUGGCAUGAAAGACUUUCUAGGUUGGAAUCAGGAGGUAGUAACCCUGCCACCAGCGAUUCUUACAGUGACCGGCCCUCAGCCAGGGCCCGUCGAGAGGCCCGGGAGGCUCGUCUAGCCAGCCUGACCAGCCGUGUGGAAGAGGACAGCAACAAGGAUUAUAAAAAACUGUAUGAGAGUGCCCUGACUGAAAACCAAAAAUUGAAAUCAAAGCUUCAGGAGGCCCAGCUAGAGCUAGCAGAUGUGAAGUCCAAGCUUGAGAAGAUGGCCCAGCAGAAACAGGAGAAGACCUCUGAUCGCUCAUCAGUGCUGGAGACGGAGAAACGGGAGAGGCGAGCCUUGGAACGGAAAAUGUCAGAAAUGGAGGAAGAGAUGAAGAACCUCCACCAGCUAAAACAGAUUCAAACCUUGAAGCAGAUGAACGAGCAACUGCAGGCUGAGAACAGAGCCCUGACCCGAGUGGUGGCCAGACUCUCGCAGUCCAUCGAGUCCUCGGACACCCAGGAGCUCUAGUUCUUGCCUUUCCUCUUCACCUCACUUUCCUCCUCCACUACUCCAGGUGUUAACAGAACUGAAAUCUGACAACCAGAGGCUGAAAGAUGAAAAUGGUGCCCUCAUCAGAGUCAUCAGCAAACUGUCCAAAUAGUAUAGGUUCCACAUGAGGAGCAGGGGACAGCAUUCUCUGCCCCACUCUUUUCUAGCCAUUGCCUUCCAGCCAAAAGAAGUGAAUGUUUUGGUGGAAGGACACUUCCUCCUGACCCUCUUCAGUCACCUCCUCUGCACUGUACAUUUUCUCUGCACUCUGAAUGCCUGGUUCCUCCCACACCCCCAUCCUGAGUCUUAUGAGUUUUAAUUGAAGCAUGAUUGUGAUCAUUCAAGCCGUCUGGAGAAGGCCUUGUGGAGCACACCGAGCUCAGCCAUGGACCCCAGCUUCUGCUGCUGUGCUGCUUUGUCCAUAUUGGAUUCAGUUCAAACCAUAAGGCUUCUGCCCACAGCCUUUACACUGCCCCAGCAUCCUCUGAUCCAGGUGAGUCUUUUGCUGGCAAUGCCAGGAUCCUGUCUGGGAUGUGAAGAGAAAUGCCAGGAUAGGGAAUUAAGCAUCAGACGCUCUGGAGCUCCAUUUCUUCAGAGUCCAAGGUGACCGUGACUCUGCUUCAAGGUUCUCUGUCCUUCACCUCUCAGGAACUGACUCGUUUUUAUCUUUUCUAACAGGAACCUAGUACCACCCCUGACUAGUCAACCCCUUUUCUUCCUUCAUGCCUAGCCCUUUCCCCAGGGCUCACAUGGGCCUGACCUCCUUUCCUUUCUACCCUUUUGUUCUCCCACCUCACCUGAUUAUAUAAAAGCUGGAAGAGAGCACCUGGCCUCAGUUGUGCCCAGCCAUCAUAGAAAAUCUGGGGACUAGAAAAUCAUCACUCUGGUGCCUUGGCGGUAGUGCCGUGAGCCCUGUCCCUGCAAAGCUAGGCCACGGCAUAAGUGUCGGCCCACCACUUGCAUCUCCCACUUGUCUUCUCCCUGAAAAGUGGUUUUUCACAUGAGAAAAUCUGGUCUGUGAAUACGGCAUUCUGCCUUGGCUCCCUUGGACUUUGUUUCCUCUCUACUCUGGCACCUUCUCCUAAUGAGAAGUGAAGUCAUUGCAGGGAAGUCUGAGAGGCAGGGAGGGCAGCUUGUUGAGAGCUGGGCUAGGGGGUGGAAGCAGGGAGGAAGACGCAGAUGGUGAAGUAGAGUAUCUGAGGAUACGCCAGUGUUAGGGCAAAGACCAUCCGCCCACUACGCUCCUGAGAAUGGUGGUGAAUUGGGUUAUUUCUGAUGGUUAGAUUUAGGGGAGACACAUUUGCUUUCUUAGAAACUAACAGGAGAAAAUGAAAAAGGUUUAAAGGGAUGAGGUACUUCCAACCCAUGAUGAGAAUCAUGGAAUUUUAUUUAGAGUGGCAAGGCUCAGGGGUCACUUGAUCCAGUUUUCCAGUUGUGUCAGGUAGCUGUCAAGUGGCUGUGCAUACUCAGCGGUUAGGCAACCCUAAUAACCAGAGUUUCUCCUAAUAAGAACCAAACUUGGCCUGUGAAUUCUCCAUGUAGGCCACAUCUACCCUUUGUAGCUCUUAACGUGACAGCCCUCCUGGUACAUGUGGCUGGUGCUCUCCCCUUAAUCUUACGUGGAGCUCAUGUCUUCCACAGUCCUCACACGGCGUGCUUUCCAUGCCCGCCACACUGUCACUUCCUCGCCACCCUGCUGUAGACACAAACAGCACUUUUAAAAUACUAUGCCUGGGCCUUGAAGAGGUCUCCAUGACUCCAAUGCACAAUUAAACCAUUAGUUUUCAAUGAUGACCCAAUAUAAAUGUGGAUUUUUUUUUUUGAAGGAGUGGUAUUCCUUGGUUCAUUUUGAGGGUGCAGGUCAUGUAAGGCCCUGUCAUUUUGGGUAAAUAAUGACAGUACAGAGAAUAGUCCAUCCCCUUAACACUGCCUACCUCUGUUAGUUUAUUUCCUGAAAACAGCAGGGUCAUUCUCCAUAACUCUGAAACAUCCAGGGCUCUGUAAAGAGGUGUCAUUCAGGAUCCCAGUUCCAGAGUAGGAAGUGUGUCUCAUCUGACAGAAACGCGGCUUUAGACCAUCCAGAUUCUCUCUUCCAUUUCUACCCAUUUUUCCGGACCUUGGGACUUUAUAUUAUCACAGGGGCACUGUAAGCUCAGUUCUCAGGGUAUGCAGAAUUAGGGGGAGAAGUUCUGUGUCUUCCACUAUAAGCAUUCCUUUCAUGCUAUGUAAAGUCAAAAGGGUAUUGGCUAAGUGAUUCUUUUGGCAUAUCUUGGGUAUUGGUAAAGAGGAAGUUACUGUCUCUUUCACGAGAAAAGAAAAUUGGAUAAUGAGGAAAACAUUUUGAGCCUCUCCCAUUCUGUAGACCAGGUAAAGGAGUUACAGAGUCCCUCAGAUCCCUUUGUGCCUUUCAAAGUGCAGGUUUUCAAAACUCUCAGAUCGGCCUGCCACCCCUGCCGGCGUGUACAGACCUUUCUUGUUAAAGAUGCUUCUUGUCAGGAAGUUUUCCUUGUGACAAGAAAAUGACAAGCUUUUCAAUGUCAGGAAUACUGGAUUCUAUGGCCAAGAACUCAAAGUGUUAAGUAUCUUAGGUAAUUUCAGUCACUUUCUCUUAUGCCAUUAAUUUUAUUAGAUAACAUUCUGAAUUCUGGUCUCUUCAAACUAAACACCAUUUCUUUACAACUGUGUUGCCUGGAAGCUCCGCGUGGUAGUGGUUAGAAGCCUCCAGUGGUCAGCUCUUUCUCCAGCACCUACACCCCAAUCUCCUGUUCUUGCACUGCUCGGUCUCCACAGUGGCCCCUGACUUCCUGUCCUCCACUGCUGGAUUAGGUGCUCAUAACACCCUGCAGUUCAAGCUGGGAUAACUGCAGGCUGGCCAGCAGUGUGGGCUUGGCUCUGUCGCUUCAGAGCCUUCACAGAAGUAUCAGAAUAGAGAAGACUGUGCUCACAGCUUCACUCCCUGUUCCCAUUGCCAUACCUUUGGGAGCAAUGCUUGGCCAUUCCUGAGAUUCUCUGGCUGGGGUUUGCCUUUCAGGGGCUGCCAAUCCUUCCACAUAGCUCCAGGGAAGGAUGAUCCAGCCCCAUCCCUGACCCUAGGGUGAAGGUUAGGCACAGCGUGGGGGAUAUGGGGGCCAGCACAGAACCUGGAGCACAGGCGUGCCUUAGCCUGUGGGUUCACUCGGGUCUCUGGGCAGGUCACCAGCAUGUUUCCUAGAGCCGCCCUGUCUCCAUCCAGCUGUGGGAUUUGCCCUGGUUUCUCGCCCACCCCCACCCAUGGAGACCGAAAUACAUUUGUUGCUGAGGUCACAGGUGGGUUUCAUAUCUGUUUGGAAGAUCCCAUUCUCCCCGUCCCAAACCAAACAUGUGCUUAUUGAAGUUUACUCAGAAAGCAAGGAGGCUAAAAUGCCACUUCCUAGCCUGUGGGUCCCACCAAAGUAUGUGUACUGCUGGCUGCUUCUCCACCAGCAAUAUUUAAUUAAUCCACAGAUGAGGGAAGAACAAACUCUCACAUCCAUGCACUUUGAUAGCUCUUUAAAUUUCUGUCCCCUCAAAGCCUGCCCAAGCCACAGGCACUGUCUCCUCCAGAGGAACCCGUGGUCUGACGGUGUGGGGACUGGUUAGCAUGCGGCCUGACGGAGCGUGGACCACGCACAGUGUCAAAGCUGCUCUGCUUGCAGUUGGCUUUUUACCUUAAGCAGGAGAGCAUAAGGUAAGGAUGGAGCAGCUAGGGAAGAGGGAAGUUGUGUUCCACCUCACCAUGUGAGCCACUGGGCCCACUGGAGCUGUGGGAGCCACCACCGGGGGUGGUGGAACCCCAACAUCUAUGCCCACACUGCACUUACUUCAGCUCAGUUCUCAAUCAGAGGUACUCCCUGCCCCAGUGCAGACCCCACUGUACCUACAGAUCUGUCACCAUUCUGGUUGUUAAGGCAGGCUUAGACCCCCUCAGGCCCAACAAGUGCAGCAGCCCUGAGGACAGAGUAAGGCACUGAGAGAGAAGCCAGGGAGGGGCCAGCUCUUCCAUCAGCCAUGUGACCUCGGGCAAGGUGAUCUUAAUCCCUUCUGGCUUGAAAAUCUGUGAUUUAUUCAUUCUUCGGAAGAUCAGAACAUUUCUUAAAGUUGAAAUGAUUGAAGCACAGAAAUUUCUUUUAACUUGAAAAGUUCAAGAGCAAAAAUUGUUUUCUUCCAGAUUCAAACUGUGUAACAUCAGCAUGUCAAGGUUGACCUCUCAUCCUUGUUGGAAAGUGAGUUUGAUAUUGAGGAUAAUUGAAUGGUUUUUGCAAUUGCUUUCCCUCCUAAUGGUGUGGUAAGAAUAUUAAAACCUGCAGAGGUGGAAAUUGGAGCUUGCGGGGAAAGGGAUAGAAAGCAAUUUGUUGCCGGCAGCCUUUGAACAAAUUGUUUCAGUAGGAAAGAGAGCUGCUGCUUCAUAGGUUUCCUCCGCCACCUUUCCUCAGCCUUCUCAGACCAGGACUGCUCUGGCUCUUAACACCCAGACAGCAGGCUGCGUGCACUUCUGCUUACCGCCCGCUGGUUCCUAGCCUCGAACUGUGCCUUGCAACAGCAAGAGAAUUUUCCUGAGUAAAAACGUCAGCCUUUAGUUCCAUGGAGCUGCUGCUCUGGAUUCUGAGCUAUCAGAAGUAGGAGGCUGUGCUGCUGUUCAAGGCAGUCUUCUUUAUAGCAGGUCCACAGGGGAGAUAGCCAAAGCGGUGGCCACUUACAAGCCACAGUCAGUGAUUGGCAGCUCCGCCCUCGCAAGCUGCGGUCUGCGUGAGAGCGCAGUGAAAGGGCGGGUCCUGGGCUGGGCCAGCCGCGUUCUGUGCUGCGUCAAAGGCAGCCGUCCCAGGCCUCGGAAGUGGAGCAGGGUGGAGGCUGGAAGUGCUGGCAGGAAAAGGCAAAGCUCGUGCAAAUGAGUUCUGUCUCACUAGUGACUGCACCCCUCAGAGAUUUUAAUCAGCUUCCCUAAUGGGUAUUGACACCUCAGGAGCCAGAGCCUGUCAGGGACAGCUGUUGAUCUCUGGUGUUCUGAUUAUAUCAACUUCACUACAGCCCAGGGACUGCCACUGCCACUGUCACAGCUACUAAGGAAUGCGGUGGUCUCAGAGCUGGGGCAACGCGGGCAGAGGACUGGCUAGCCAGCAGCUGAGUGUGAGAAGAGAUCAUUCCAUUGUCCUUGUCAGGUUGGAGUGGGGCGUGGCCUGAACCAACCUGGGGUCUGGAGGCCCUGCCUGCCUGGGAAGAGUCCGUAAGGGUGGGGAUGCGGUUCUGGCCUAAACGAGCUGAGGCCCGAGGCUCGCUCUUCCAAUCUGUGCGUCCACGUGCGCGGUGCUGGCCUCGGGCUUGCGGGUGAGGCAGGCCGCCAUACUCGUGGGCAGAAAGGAGGACUCGGAAGCUCAUUUUAUCUAAGUGUAGUAUUCUAUUAAUUCCUAUCUUUUGCUCUUCUCCCUGCCUUCCAAUCCUCCAAAAAGAUUUCUGUGCUGUUCUCCUAUUCAUCUGCUUAUCAUUUCAGACUAUGAAUCUGCCAGAGUGAUGUUAUUUCUCCUCCAAAUUUUCCCCUCAUGCUUCCAGUAAAAUUAUACUUGGGUGGCCCUUAAGGUGACAUCAGGAUGCUUUUAUAACCUUCCAAAAUAAGCACACUGCUUUCUUUCCCUCUCAUCUCCUUCCACAUUCUUUACUUCUUGCUUCUCACUUGGACCCUAUGGUGCUUUACAGAAAGUUUUCCGUGAAUCAGCCAAGACUCCAGGAGGAGUUUGUACUCCAACAGCCACCCCCACCUCUAUCCCCAACCCUUCCAGUUUGAAGUUUGAAGCUCCCUGGCUGUGCCAGUGCCCCUGAGACGAGGGGUGACUGACUUGUGGGCCUUGUAGGCUUGAGGUCACUGAGACCAUGGGUAGCUGUGUCUGGCUUAUGCCGUCUUUAUCCUGAGAGAUAUAACUGGUUCCAGCCUAGGGCAGCAGUGUCUCUUCUCAGCACAAGCUGGAUUGGUGCGUGGGUGCAUCUGUGAUGGCAACUCAGCGCAUUCCUGCCUGGCAGGAGCCGUCAGAAGAGGCACACAACUUCGGGGAGCCUCCAGAGAGGCUCUGCUGUGCUCCCAAGACCAGAGCUGGGUGUCAGAGUACAGAUCUCGAACAAGGACACAAGGGCCGGCACCAGCUGGACCCACACUGCGUUCUUAGCCCUUGCUGUUCUCCCACUCUCCUGAGACCUCGAACAGAUUCCAGCUUGUCCUCGGAUACAGAGAGGCCAAGUAAAGAGUCUGGGGGUAAGAUGACACCAGGAGGCAGGACAAAAGGGUUCUGGAGGACGCAGCCAUCUCAUCCGCAUCGCUGGAACCCUUAAAAGGCUGGGUUGCCGCCUGGCUGGUACUUCGAGGAGGCCCAGAAUUUCCCAGGAGAGAGAAGGUACAGGUUUUGCCCUUGCGUCUCCUGGGAGAAGAUAGAGCCUAUGCUUAGACUCAGGCUUUGGCUUUCUGGUUUUCCUCCCAUUGUUCUUUUUCUUUUCUCCUCCCUUCAUUCUUGCCUCUGCCCUGACCUUGAUCAAACAGAGGUGAAAACCUCAUCAGAGAACCACCCUGGUGUCUCCUCACCUGUCCCAUUUUAAUGGUAGCUUUCUGUCUCUAUCUACCCUUCUCUUCUCACUUUAUUCCCAGCACAGUUGAAGCACCAGAUGUAACUUUCAGCAGAGUUGUAUGGAUUUAACCAGUCCAUUGUAAAUAUACCUGGAGUAUUGAGGGGGGGAAGCCAGCUCGCUUUGUGAACUGAAUGUAUUUUUAUGCAAUUUUGAGUGGCCUUUCAACCCUGAGAUGGAUGAUUUUGUUUUACUGGUAGUUAUUAAGUAUUCUGUGUUUGAAAGUUUGGGAAAAAUAUUCACAUCUAUACGAUGCCUGUAAACAGUAUUUAUAAAUGAGUAAAACUGUGUUUUAACUUUG